CACCCACGCAGCGGCGGUUGCUAGGAGACGGGGCCGACGCCGUUCUGCCUCCCCCCCACACUACUCUCAGAGCCAGCCCGCUCCGGGGCCCCGCGGAGCAGCGGGGAGGUAUCCUGUCCCUUUUUCCUCCCUUUUUGUUUUUGCCCCUUUCUUUCACCUGUUGCCCCCGGACGGCGGAGCGGUCCCGGCAUGGCGGGGCCCCCGCGGCGCCCCCUGACCCUGGCGGAGGUGGCAGCGGGCAGCGAGAACGAGCGGCUGGGGGUGGCCCGGGACAGCAUGCUGCGCAACCCGCGCAUCCUCAAGGCUGGCCUCACAGUGCUCACUUCAGGCUCAAAGUAUGACUUGCAUUCACGAUUUUGUGCAGACGAGAGGAAAAUUAUUCAGUCGCAUCAAGUCUGCCCAUUUUACAAGUUGGAUAAAGAUCAUCGCUGGAGUCUUUUAUGUAAUGGGGCAGAACUGGGAAAGCCUAUGAGAAACUGCUAUAACCUGCCAGGCUUUGAUUUUUCAUAUGGGCUGUACAUCGAAAGGACGGAUGGAGGAGUCCCUGCAGCAAUAGGCCACUGGAACACAAUAAAGCCCAGGACGAAUUUAACUCGGAAUAUGCCCCGAGACUUCAUCACCAUGAACCGUGGUGCUCUGAAGGCUGGGUGUACCACAGCCCGGCAGUUUAACUUGUACUACAAGGCCAAGGACAUUCGGCGUAAAGACGACGAGUACAGUCGCUUAAGGAGAUCUCCUCCUCACGUACCUGCGGACAUGACCUAUGGCAUUCCUGCACGGUCUUCCACUCCCCUGUAUGACCUCCUCCAACACAAAUACAAGGAGCUGUGGAUGGAACAGCAGAGAGCGCUGACCGCAGCCCUCCGACUGAAAGAGACAAAGUGGCAGCAGGACAAAGUGCGCGACAAUCGUGCUUCGCUUCUCCGAAAAAUCCCAGUGCCUCCAAAGGAGGAGUCCUUCUGGCACCUGCCCCACCUGGACAAGCAGUGGGAUCUGGACAUCUUCCUGAAUUCAUCUGUGCAUCCUAUUGUGCUCUGUGGUACUUGUCUGAGUUCUGCCAGCUUUGUUUGUGGUGUAAAAUGCUGGGAAACUUCAAGUGAAAAGCUAGAAGGCAUUUUAGAAAGGAAGGAAGAAGAGCCGGGCAAGAGAGAUUGAAAGGAGACACCAGAAAGUCUGAAAGCACUGAAGCCCUGCAGAGAGUUGACAUGGCCAAAAUCAUAUCUGGCAUUGAUAGAUACUAUUGCAAAGAGCCUCUCAACCCUCUGCUCCAGCCCUGGUUCUGAUGGUUCUGGGUUUUUUUGGUUUUUUUUUUUUACCAUGCUGUUGAUUUUUAACUGCAGUUUAAAGCAAUGAAGGAGCCUUGUGACUUCCUGAAGCUAAUUUACUUGUACAAGUUGGAGAGUUUCAACCAAGAAAUGUAUUUUGCACCACCUUGAUGUAUUCCUCUUACAUCCUGUCUAAGACUGUCCGAUUAGCAUAUGUCAGUAAUCAUUUAUCCCAGCUGCCUGUCAGCACAAAGCUGCUGCUGCGGCUAGUGUCAGGGAAAGAACAUGACCGAUCGCUGUUAAACAGAUUGUGUAAGUCACACGAGAUACUGGGGCAAGCCUUCUCUUUAGAGCUCUUCUCACCCCAGACCUUUCCAUCACUAUUCAUUUUUCAGCCUCCGUUUUUCUUUGUGCUUUCCCUUUUGUUUCAUCCAUGAUUGCAGUUGGAUUCCCCCCACAGUCACAGGUCUCAGACACCACCUGAGUCUUUCCCUCUCCUCUCCCCUUGCUCUCUCCUCUUCCUCUACUCCUCAGGAACAGCAUCCAGGGAGGAGAAAGAUCACUUUGCACAGCAUCUUCUAUUUUCUGCAUUCCUUUCUCAUUACAUUAACCUGGAAGGUUUGCCUUCCCUAGCUGCAGACCUAACAGGCGCUGUUCGUGUUAGAACUUGGAUCAGGAAAUUAAUUGCUUAGUUGAGUUUCAGUGCACGGUUUCCUCCAUGGAAAAGCAAGUUCUCAAACAUCCACAAAAGUUUAUCCAGUUAAGAGCAGAAACACACCAAGGAAAGCUGUUGGCUUCAAAGAAUGGUUGAUAGUCUCCGAACUGUGCUUUAGCCAUCUCUAUAAAUUUGGGUUCUUUCAAAGCAAUAGCCUUGAGAGACAAGCCAGCCUAAUCCUUCACCCAAACUCAGCCAAAGUCAGUCAUUCACCACCAUCCCCUCUUUUAGAAGGGUGACAAAGAGCAUCACACCAAAGAGGUAAGGGAGUUUGUUCUUACACCAUUCCUGUUCUCGUGAAAUCUCUGGACUUACCGCUUGGUCCAUGCAAGACCUCGCACCAUACUAGAGCUCCUGGAGGAAGCAGAAAAGAAAACAAAGAAGCUUUGCCCUCCCCAUUAAUUGCCUCUGCCUGCUCCCUGCACUACCAGGGCUGCAUGGCAUUACCUAGGCAAUGAGUUGCUAAAGUAUAGACAAAUUGACUGCUUUCAUUUGGUUUCAGCCCCAGUGCUUUAGAAUAAUGGCCCACACCAUUAGGCUAACCCUGUGGUUUGCAGGCCCUCCCACACCAGGGGCUCUCUCCCGCUCUGCGUCUCGCUCUGCAGGACUGACCUGGUGCGUGGUCCCCUGGGCCCCCCAAACCCCCCACUCACGGGGAGCCAGUCAUGUCCUGGUGGGCAGUUCAUUAGGGGGAGUUGAACUAGAGGGGUUUUUACAUUUAUUUGUUACAAAUCCAAACAGAAGUUAACUCCUUGCUCACCUCAGCAAGGCAUUCCCACUGACCCCCUCUCCCUUCCUCAAUCACCUUCCAAGGCAAAAGGCCUCUGCCUUGUUCUGCCUGCAGGGAGCUGAUCCCUCAGCUCAGGUUUUGCUAGCACGGCUAGGACCCUGCACCAGGACUUCUUUUUUGUCCACACUACAUCCCCUGGAGUCUAUAAGAACUCAGGCAGCCAGCAUGUACAUAAGCACGUGUCCUGACCUUGCAUCACCCAUUGUUAGUGUUGCAUUGACCUGGCCAAAAUGGCAUCUCUGGUGUCAAACAAAUACUGGACAAGAUGUUGCUGCCAAAAUGCAUCAUCCCUACAGCACUACUGUCUGCAGAGAGCCAGUGCAGGGCAAGGCUAUGCCUGCCUCUAUCUGAAUCUUUGACCAUAAUCCAAACCAAGUAUAUUUGAUGGCCAUAAUCCAAACCAAGAGUAUUUGAUGGUCAUAAUCCAAACCAACGAUCAACACAGGCCACUCAACGAUAGAUUUUCAGGGCUCUGUCAAGUCAGUCCAGAAGGGCAUUUAUUUUGGUAGCAGCACCUCAUGAUGUGGAAGGACAGAAUUUGCACAUAUGUCAAAACAGCUCCACACUGACACACAAGGUAUCGGCUUUUCUUUGCUCAUUAGAGAGUUCCAACUUGCUCAGACAUUCAAGGAGGCUUUCCAGAGAGAAUAUUCUUGUUUACUUGACCAAACAGAGGGAGGAAAGAAAAUGCAGCAACUUUGGACAACAUUUUUGUCAACGUAUGCUGCCUUCCCGAGCAGAUGAAACGCGCUGUGCUCGAUGCGCGAUAUGAAUAAGCGAUAAGCAAUUGACGAGCAAGUGUUCGGGUACCUUGGCAAAAGACUUAAUUUGCAACCUGGCACAAAAUCAAAGGCUCUGUCAACGACUGAGCGGCUCUCCCGCGUAUGCCUUGCAUUACCUGGGAAAGCUCUGUCAGGUAAAUUUCCAGUGAAAGUAAUUAGAGGAAUCCCCACUGUAUAAACUUUGCAGCAAAAUUCUGGGCUCCAGAAUUUGAUUCUCACCAGGGAUCUGAUAUCUGCUCACAGCCUGAUCCUUCCUCAGAAUUAACAGUUGAGGUUUAAGACAUACACACAAAAAUGUUCUGCAUUUUUUUUUAAUGCCUUACCUCUAUUUUUGUCUGAAGAGCUGAACUGACAACCGAGGCUCAUGUAAUCCUGCAAUUGUUGCCUUGUCAGAAAAGCCAUAGACCGUGCUUAACCAACCUGUGCUUGAUACACACAGCGGGCUGGCUUCGCAGUGCAGCGCUGAUCCUCCCGGGUUUGAGGGGGACAACAAAAGUUCUUGGAGAUGGGGCCUGGAUACCACAAAGCAAGCUUUCUGUCACCAUGGCACCACAUCAAACCUCUGUUCAACUGGGAUUUUGGCUAACAAACGGUGUCACCUGAUGGCUGUUCAGUAGCCCAAGUAAAUGAAUUGGUGGGUAACAGUCCAGCCAGGAUUCUCUGGAUUUUCUUGUUUUGCCCAACAGCCAGAACUACCAACAACACAACUGUUUGGAUCACAGCAAUGCAUUUCCAUGGUCCAGUUUUUCCCAGUAUCCUUUUACACAUACCCUGUACACUCAGUCUCUCCAUUGUACCCUACAGUCCCCUCUGCCACUCUCAGUCCCUCCUUCAGCUCAGAGAUGUGGUAAAAUCAUAGAAUAAUUAAGGUUGGAAAACACCCCUAAGUUCAACUAAUCCAACUAUCAACCCAUCACCGCCAUGCCCACUAAACCACCAUGGCAGCCCAUCCUUCCUCUGCCAUUUCACUGCUCUCCAACAUCUGCCGGUUGACACCAACAAAACAGCAUUUAAAAAAAAAAAAAGAAAGAAAGAAAGAAAAGGGAGGAGAUAUUUAGAUCUGGCCUCAAAUUGAAGCCCCAGUGCAGAAGUCCCCAGAACAUGUGAGCUCAUGACUUCCAGUAUCAGGGUGAACGAAGUCAGAGACUCAAGCAUGCUGGGCACUGCAGCGUGAGGCACAGCACAGCUUAGCAUCCCUAUGUGCAGCCUCACAGCCUGGGAAAUGUCCAGGCCAGGCUCCAGCUGCACCCAAGCCCUGAUGCCCAAGGACAGCAUGAGCAGCUGCUGGCACCCAGGGCCCACUGCUGUUAGAGAUUCAACAAUGAAGGAGCAGAUUUGGGGUGCUUGGGUUGCAGUGGAGUAAAACCACAAAUGCUGUGCUAUCUUCCAGGUAAGCCCCAACCAUUGCUACUUCUUCAUACAAAUCCACAGGAAUGCUUUGUAUCUGGCCUUGAGGUUUUGUUCAUGGCCAUUCUGCCUUCUGUAGGGACUCCGUCUCUCACCUGACAGCUUCAUUUGUGUGGCACAAAAGGGCUCCAAGUCAAAAUCUCAAACUGCCCAGACCGAGCAACCUAAGAAGUCCAGCAAACGUCUGCAGCCCUUAUUUGCAGGAAGGAAAAAUCUGCAAUGUCUCCAAGGGGCAUUAAACACAGCAGCCAAAGAUUACUGGGCAUUUUCCGAGGCCUUCCCAUUUUGGAACACACGGACCAUUUAGCCCAAACUCCUUUGUCCUGAUUUACUUAUCUUCUCAGAAUCAGAAAGUGGGGAGGGAAGACCCGACCCACUCAUUAAGCAAGUUCAGGACGCUACCAACGGGAAAAGCCACCGUGUUUGUAACCCUAAUAACCCAACACACCCCUCCAAGCACAGCUCAGCUUGGACAGAAUAACGUCUGUUUUAAAAAUACCUGCCUCUCUCUAACUUGUCAUGGCAUUUGUUGACAACCCUAUUGAAAGCCGCUCUCAGUGCAGCUGUGAAGGAUCUUUCAGCACCUCUUUCUCUUUCCUAGACAGUUUUUGAAAGGGAAGGGGAGGAAAAAAAAAAAAAAAAAGCCAUCAAUACAGGGGGAAAAAGGCAUCAGCAGCCAACAUCAGCUGAUGAAGCGCCUCACCUGGGCCCCCAGCGCACCGCCUCCAAUUAAAUCAAAAUGGUUUGUUUUUAAUGGUCUUUUACACUGACAAGUGGGCUAUCAUUCCAGGCCUAGAGAGCUGUCAGGGAGCCGAGGCAAAUCCUCCGUUGAUAAUGCCCAAUGCUUCCAAUUAGGAGCCGAGGCCGCUCCUGGCGCACUAACGAUUCCCCAGCCUCCCCCAAGGCCCCUUCGGCGCUGGCUGUUUCGUCUUCCCUCUUCCUCCGCCGCAAAUUACUGACACAAAACGGAGGCGCCCCGGUGCCUCCUCACCACGCCGGGCCCCGGCCCUGUUGGAUUUAAUGAGGCGAUGGAAGUUUUUGCGGAUCUUUCGCUAAAUUCUUUUCUUGUUUGACAGCUGCUUGAGUGUUGACCUUAUAAAAGAUUUAGUGUUUCUCAUUAUUUUCUGUCAAGCUUUACAAGUGAUAGCUUCACGGAAAUCAUUUGCAUCUCGAUGUGCGCGCGGUUUUGUCUGUACGGGGAUGCUCGGUGCAGCUCUCAGUGCGUACAGCACCCAUACAUUGUGUAUUUUAUUCCCUCCUCCCCACCAAAAAAUCUACAAACACGGCGCCGUUGUUUUGUGUCGUUUUGGGGGAAAAAAAAAAAUAAACAAACGACAAAAAAAAAAA